UACUAAAUCUAUCAAACUUCCCCAUACUCCAAAAACCCACACUCACUGUCCGUGUCUUCUUCCAUCUAACGAUGCUUUCUCGUCUUCUCCCAAAAGCCUCCUAUUUACGUUUCCUAUCAAAUAUUUCUUCAAAAUCCCAUCUGUAUCCAUUACCUCCUCACAAAUCCAAUUUCACUCUCCUUAUAAGACCAUUUUCCACCAAUCACGGUAAUGGCAACAACAAUAAUAACGACAAAGACCAAUAUACAUCCAACGUCUGGAAGCUUUCUCGAGAAAGUGAUGAAAAUUUCAAUUCAUUAUUCACCGAAGAUUCCAAUGACGGCCUUUCUGGAAUUUCGGAUUCUCCGGCAGCCGAGGAAGAGUCAUGGUUGGAGGAGAAAGGGGAUGAUGAUGGUCGAGAUAUAUUUGACGGAAUCGAGAAGGAUUCUGGGGCGUUGACUGGAGCUGAUGGUGGCAAUGAGUGGCUGAAUUCGGAGGAGUACAAGAUGUGGAGCUUAGACGAGGGGGAUGAGAAGAAAGAUAAUGUGUUUGACAUAGAAGAAAUUGCACCGGAUGCUGGUGAAACUAGCUCUGGGAUUAGUGUGGAGCGCGACCAGAUUGAGGAUCCGAAAAUGCUUGAGAAAGAGGAGAAGGAGCUCACUGCCGUACUUAAAGGUCCAAAUCGUGCAUUUGGUGACCUAAUUGCAGCAUCUGGUAUCACUGAUGCAAUGUUGGACAGUUUGAUUGCACUGAAGGAUUUUGAAGGGGUUGAGGGAUUGCCUCCUCUAAGUGAAAUAGAGGACAUGCGUUAUGAAAAGAACACAAGGAAAUCCACAAGAGCUGAAAUAGAGCGUCGAAAACAGGAAGAAGUUGCCAAAGCUAGAGUGAGGCAAGUAGAUGACAAAGGAAGAGCUUAUGGAACAGGACGAAGGAAAUGUAGUGUCGCCCGUGUUUGGAUUCAACCUGGUGAUGGAAAAUUCUUAGUUAAUGAUAAACAAUUUGAUGUCUAUUUCCCAAUGCUUGAUCAUCGUGCUGCCCUGUUGCGACCCUUGAAUGAAACAAAGACCUUGGGUCUUUGGGAUGUCAAUUGUACUGUGCAAGGAGGUGGUGUUUCAGGUCAAGUUGGAGCUAUACAGCUGGGGAUCGGCAGGGCCUUGCAAAAUUGGGAACCUGAUUUACGUCCACCUCUAAGAAGUGCUGGGUUCUUGACAAGGGAUCCACGUGUGGUUGAAAGGAAGAAGCCAGGAAAAGCAAAAGCAAGAAAGAGCUUUCAAUGGGUCAAACGUUGAUCAAUGGUUACAAGCUUGCUGUUUGUACAACCACUUUUUGUAUGGAAACCUGAUAUUCACAUCAUUAGCCAGAAACAUUUAGACUUGUUAGCUUGUCUGAAAUUUCUUCUGUAAUGUAACGUGCAGUGGAAGAGCCUGUGAAGAUUUUAUUGACCUGGAGAGUUUUUCAUCAAUUGCUCAUUCUUUCUCUUUUAUCUUAUAAAAUUGUCUUGGGGAAAUAAAAAAAAGCUUAAAAA